AUGGGCAAAAGAAGAGUCAGGACGGGCUGCCAGACAUGCCGGAUUCGCAAGGUCAAAUGCGAUGAAGGCUAUCCGGCGUGCCGUCGGUGUCUUUCCACUGGUCGCACCUGUGAUGGAUAUGGCAUCUGGGGUGGCGGCAGCUCCAACAGACCUACGAAACCUUCUGCUGUCGCUGUGAACUCUGCGCUUGUCAUCCGACCAAUGUCAGAUUUCCAACUGUCUGCGAGGACCAACAAUGAAGAGGGCCGCUAUCUUCAAUGGUUCAAAGAACGGACCGGAUCGAAAAUGUCAGGUUCAUUUUUCUCAGAAUUCUGGAGCGGCUUUGUCCUACAGGCUGGUAUGAGCGACCCCGCAGUGCUGCACGCCAUCCUUGCCCUAAGUUCGGUCCAUCGGCACGGCAUCUUGAACGAUGAUGGUCUCGAGACAGGGGACGAGGAAAAGGUGACCCUGUCCCGCUAUAGUAAGGCGAUCAAUUAUCUACAGCCUCAUUUCAAGGCAAAGGACCGGACUGCCUUUCGGAUAGCUCUCAUUGUCUGCAUUCUGUUCAUUGCGUUAGAGCUGCUUCGAGGCCGUUUCGAAUCGGCACGUAUCCAUCUUCGACAGGGCUUAAACCUCCUCGAAGGGUCAGGUCUCUCGAAAAGAAAAGGCCACCUUCUUGUAGGGCACAAGAUUUUCCAUUUGAAUGGAGAAGUGCGUGAGAAAUUCUAUCCAGAGGACAGCCCUCCAGCAGAGCUGCUCAAGCGCCAGCGAUCCAUCCAUGAGAAUCUUACCCAGUGGCUGAACACCUGCAAUGCCACGAUCCAGGCCAUGAACGGCCGUAUGCGCAAAGACCAAGCGCAAAUCUACGGGCUGCUUCGCACAUAUCACAUUAUGAUAACUAUCAUGGCGGCGACCUGUCUUUAUCCUGGUGAUGAAAUGGUCUUCGACUUGCAUACCGACCAAUUUCUGGAAAUGAUUACCAUGCUGGCACAUCUCUGGAAAUUCCUCUCAAUGUAUUCCGCCUUUGGCUCUCGACCGGCCCGGUUCUUCAUGUCGCGGUCGAUUGGAGAUCUGGGCUGGAUUGCUCCACUCUACUAUACCACCAUCAAAUGUCGUGUGCACCGCAUUCGACUCCAUGCUAUCCGACUGCUGGAGGCCAGCUUCCACAGGGAAGGGUUCUGGGAUUCACAGAUCUUGGCAUUCGUGGCGCGAAAGGUGAUGGAGAUUGAGGAGGGGGACCUCUAUCAGCUUCUAGAUUCGGUGGAUGACUUUGCGCUGCAUCGCCCUCCGGGGCAUGACGAUAUGCUGUUUCCGCCCCUGCCUGAAUCUUGCAGACUAUCCGAUGUCGAAGUGAGUCUGUUGGGCGAUCCUGUCAGUACGAUUUCUAUUCUUUGUAACCCGAGCGUCUAUGGAACAGGCCGCAAAGUCUCUGUUGCAAGUUACGAGGUCGCAUUUUGA